UGGUACUGCACUGGUGUGUUACUGUGUGUUCACUUGAACGACAUACCAAAACAGUACCCCAACUGUAAGGAAGCGAUGCCUGAAGAAUUAGCCUGGAAUGGAACAACGUAGUUAGUGUCUAAUAAAUAUUGCGUCCAGUGUUUGUGUCGCAGGUUAGCUACAGGGAUCUAAAGUCUGCUAUUUUGGCAUUAGAUCGGCGAGCUGUUUAUUACUGCACAAUCACCAAAACAACGUUUACUGCAGUAUAACUUCUGGACACGGAAGUACAUUAAUACAAGUUCGUUUUGCAAAAAAAAAAAACUAAAAAUGCAGAACAAGAAUAUUUUAUUUGCAGCCACAUUAUGUGUUUUGAGUUUUUGUUCUCCGCGGGGAAAUUGCGAUUUUCAGAAAGAACCUCUGAAAUCCACAAAGGUUCUCGGUUUCUCAUGGGAGAACUGUGGAAGCGCGACGGACCCAGCCGUGAUGAAGGCUCUCUCCUUGUCACCGGAUCCCAUUAUUAUCCCUGGUGACCUGAAAGCGAACGCCACUGGCUCCACGAGCGUCGCGUUCACCUCGCCACUCUCUGUGAAUGUGACUCUGGAAAAGGAGGUGGCUGGGAUCUGGGUGAAGGUCUCCUGUGUUAAUGAGCUUGGGAGCUGCAACUACAGCGAUGCAUGCCAGAUACUGGACAUCCUGACCCCCCCUGGGAAGGACUGUCCUGAGCCACUCCGCACCUACGUCAUCCCCUGCCGCUGCCCCUUCAAGGCGGGUGAUUACUCCCUGCCUGAUUCAGAUUUCUACCUGACGAAUGUGGGUCUGCCCCCCUGGCUGACGAACGGGACUUAUAAAGUGGUAGGGGUUCUGGGCAGUGCAGGACAGGAGCUGGGCUGCCUUAAACUCACCUUCUCCCUCAGGAUAAUCCUCGGUGCUUGAGGCAGAAGAGAACCAAUCUUCCACUUGCUCUAAUGAAUCAAAAUCAUUUCUCUUUGAAUGAAACCAGGGUCACAGCACUGCGCAAUCUAGCCUAAUCAUUUAUUCACUUCUUACAGUCAUUUGAUUAGUUAAGCUAAUUCUGCUGUGGAUAGUCACAAGGGAACCAAUCACAAAAUGCAGAGAUUCUUUUUUGUUGUAAGCAAUUGAUGUAAACAUCCGUAUGAAUCAUAUUGCAGUGAUGCAAUUCUUUGUGUUCAUUUCUCAUUAACAGUUGGCCUCAUUGCAUUUAUGUAUUUUUUUAAAUUAUUGUUUGUACUAAUAUUUACCUAAAUUGUGCAACGGUUUCAAUAAAAUAUUUCCCUGUG